GGUUGACGCCCUGUAGUCUACUGUUUACGUUUUGCUUAGUCGUGGUGGGUGAACAAGGUGAUAAUGGGAUUGCUCGGUGUUGUGGUGCUUCUCUUGACUUUGUCUUACCACACUAAUGCUCAGCUGUACCGUGGAACUGUUCGACUAGUUAUAGGUGGAGUUUUCUCACAAUCUAUUGAACGGACAGCUGGAAUAGUUCAGAUCUAUUACUUUACCAAUACCUCCACUUCAAACAGAUGGGGCAAUAUCUGUGAUGAUAGUUCAUUUGGUAGCACUGAAGCUAGUGUCAUUUGUAACCAGUUGGGGUAUAAUGGAGCAUCAGGUUUUGGUAGAGCUGGUAGUACAACAAGCUAUGGGAUUGAUACAGCUGCCACACUUAUUGAUGAUGUUAAGUGUGCUAGUAGUAGCUAUUUGACUCUCAAGCAGUGCAGCUUUUCAACAAUUAUUAAAUCCUCUUGCACCAGUAACAGUGAAGAUGUUUAUGUAUCAUGCUACAGUACUAGAAUCUGGGACAAUCCUUAUUCUGGACAAAUUCGUCUACAAGGAGGUCCUUAUACAAGUUAUGGUAGACUGGAAGUAUAUUGUAAUGAACAGUGGGGUACAGUAUGUACUAAUACCUUUGAUGUAACUGAUGCUACAGUCGCCUGCCGUCAGUUAGGAUACAGUGGCUAUACUACAUGGGCUGGAACUCUUGCUGGGUCUGACUCUCAACCUAUUUGGUUGAACAAUGUUGAUUGUACCAGUUCAUCUCUUUGUUUUGCUUAUUGUCAAUCAUGCCCCUCCUCCCAAUCUUCUAGCUGUGGACACAGUCAAGAUGUGGCUUUGGGAUGUGAAUUUGAUAGUACUUACACAUCCACUCAUAUACUGAGCACUUGUGAAUAUGCUGACUCAAUUGCCAACAACAUUGCUGCCAUUGUUGGAGGAGUAAUUGCAGCUUUUGUCAUAUGCUGUGUCCUCAUAAUAUCAAUACCAAUAUGUAUAUGUUGCUGUUUGGGUGUUGGAAUAGGAGCUGCUGCUCGUGGUGGAAGGGGUACAACAACAAAAACAACAACUGUAGGAGGAACUAAUGUUACUACAGCUACUACCAGUCAAACAACUAGCGGUUACCCUCCACAGCAGGGUUACUCUCCACAGCAGGGUUAUCCUCCACAGCAGAGUUAUCCUCCACAGCAGGGUUAUCCCAUGCAAGAAGAAAAGGGAUAUGGAUACCCACCACAGUAAUAGUUUACUGUCAGUAACACUGCUUUUAUAUUAUGUCUCAUUAGUUUAGUUUUCCCCAGUCUUUUUUAUUACUGCUUUUAUAAUUGGUUUUUUAAUACAAUUAAA